UCCGCACAGUAACACGCGCACUCAUCACAGUAGUCAGUAGCUAAGCUAAGAGAGAGAGAGAGACGAGCAGCUCAACUACGGCGGCAAUGAAGGGGAUCCUCGUCUUCCUGGCCUGCCUCCUCGCCGCGCUGUCCCCGGCGGCGCGGGCUGCACGGUUCGCGUGCAACGCCACGGCGCCGCGGGCCUCCACGUGCCAGGCGCUGGUCUCCUACGCGCCGCCCAACGGCACCGCCACCGCCACGCUCGCCGCCGUGCGCGCACUCUUCCAGCUCCGCUCCCACCGCGCGCUGCUGGCCGCCAACGGCCUCCCGCUCUCCACGCCGCCCACCGCCCCGGCGCCCUCUCCGCUGCGGGUCCGUCUGCCCUGCCUCUGCUCCGGCGGCGUCGGCGCCACCUUCCAGCGGCCCACCUACCGCAUCCGGGCAGGGGACACCCUCGACGCCAUCGCGCGGGGUGUUUUCGCGGGCCUCAUCACCUACCAGGACAUCGCCGCUGCCAACAACGUGUCCGACCCAAACAAGGUCGCCGUCGGGCAGCAGCUAUGGAUCCCCGUGCCCUGCAGCUGCGACCCCGUGGGGGGAGAGCCGGUGGUGCACUACACGUACGUCGUGCCGGCCGGGAGCUCCGUCGCCGGCAUCGCGCAGGAGUUUGGCACCACGGAGGAGACGGUUCUUGCGAUGAACCGGAUGACCGACGCCAAGAGCCUGCUCGCCGGCCAGGUUCUUGAUGUGCCGCUCCGAGCUUGUGGUUCUGCCAUUAGCAACACAGCCAUCGACCGCAACCUUCGUGUUCCAAACGGAAGCUACAUCCUCACUGCCAACAACUGCGUCAUGUGUGGCUGCAGCUCCAGCACUUGGCAGUUGGAUUGCCAGCCAACACAAGGAAUAAGCUCGUCGUUCUGCCCUGCUGCCAAGUGCGGAGACAUGUUCCUCGGCAACACUUCCUCCACCUCAUCCUGCGAGAGCAGGACGUGCUCCUAUGCCGGGUACACCAACAGCACAUCCUUCGCCAUCCUAGCGAACCUUACCACUAGCAAUGUGUGCAAUGCUGUUGGGAUGUCUCCAAUGGCGCAGCCCGCUCACUCCUCGGCGUUUAGGUUGGAGCCGGCGUGGUUGAGAUGGAGGGAGCUGGUUGUCUCUCUUCACGUCGUUUUGCUUUGUUUAGGCUAUCUGCGCCAAGACUGAAUGCUGCCGUUCACAUUCUUAUUUUGGUAGACUCUGGGCUUGUGAUUUUCCUAGUCUGAUGUUGCGAGUAAUCUGGGUGAUCUUUGCUUGACUUCAAUCUGUAGCUGGUUGGAUUUGUAAGUGCAGACACGAAGGGGACAAUUGUUUUGUUGUGUUAGAAGCUAGAGCGGGACACAUUUGAACUGUAAAACUUUUGCAAAGAUAAUUUCUGUGAUCACGUUUAUAGCCUUCUAGGGCUGUUCUUGAA